CUUUUGCUCCACUCUGGUCUGAUCGUCUACGCCGGCCGAAGGAUGGCCAGGAGGUUCCCGCCUGCUUCCUAGAAUCCGCGAGGAGGCUGGAGCUUCCGGUUCACUUUUGGUCGCGAAAGGAAAAUCUUGAGCGUGCCAGGGAACAUGAAGCAGCUGGGAACUCACGUGCUGCUUAUGAGUGUUAUCAGAAAGCUGUUGACAUUACGCCUAAAAUUGCUUCUGAUCUGAUCCAGGUACUGAAGCAAGAAAAGGUUGAUUAUAUUGUUGCGCCUUAUGAAGCAGAUGCACAAAUGACAUUCUUAUCUGUAAACAAACUUGUUGAUGCUGUAAUUACCGAGGAUUCAGAUUUGAUACCGUUUGGUUGUUCUACAAUUAUUUUUAAGAUGGACAAAUUUGGGCAAGGUGUUGAAUUCCAGAUUACACGAUUAGAACGAAACAGGGAGUUGGACUUGAAUGGAUUCACAAAACAAAUGUUGCUAGAGAUGUGUAUUUUAAGUGGCUGUGACUAUCUUCCAUCGUUACCUGGAAUGGGUGUGAAACGUGCUCAUGCACUCAUCCAAAAGCUCAAGAGUUACGAGAAGGUAAUCAAGCACUUGAGGUACAGUGCUGUUUCUGUUCCACCUCAGUAUGAAGAAAACUUCAAGAAGGCAAUAUGGGCAUUUCAGUUUCAAAGGGUCUAUGAUCCUGCGAUAGAAGAUAUUGUUCAUUUGUCUGGCAUUCCUCAUGGCCUCAGUGAAGAUGACUUUCUGGGCCCAUGGCUACCGCAGGCUGUUGUUAAAGGUAUUGCUCUAGGAGACAUUGAUCCACUUACAAAGGAACUGUUUGAGGCCAGCACUCAGUGCAAUGCACCAGCUGUGGAUAAAGGUUAUCCAAUCAGAGAGUCUGUUAACCCUUCAUUUGGAAAGAAGAGGCUAGAUCUUCCUGUGCAGAAAAACAUAUUGACAAAUUACUUCUGCUUAGCGUCGCUUGAGGCAAAACGGAAGUUCAGGGCACCUAAGAUUACACCCAAGCAACAAAAAUUGAAUGAAUCUUAUUUGCCCAGUCCGCAGACUGAAGACUCUGGUACCCCUGAUUCAGUUGACGACACUAGCUUUCCAAUACAUGAUAUUGAAGCCUCUCAGUGUAGUUCUGAGCGUUUUAGCUCUGAACCUUCUCUAGACGAUUCAAUAAAAGUCUCUCAAUAGCACCAUCAACCUCGAUAAUACCACAUUUGAGGUUGCUAAUGUACCUGAUUCAAAUAUCAGAAACCAGUCAUUUGGGUAGCUGAGAGAUGGCAGAAUGGAAAUUUGGCUUGCAUUCCAGGUUCCAAAUUGCAUUUCUUUCCUUCCUUUUCCUUUUGGAAAAAUUAGGAAUGACUCGCUUUGAUUCACUUUGAUUUCCUUUGCUUUUGGGUAGGAUUUGGUUUGAGUUAGCAAUUGCCUACAAGUUAAGUUAGCUUUGAUUUAUUUAUUCUGGGUUCUAUGCUCUGUAGGUAAAUAUACAGAUGCUUAGAAAUAUAAUAAUGUUGUAUAAAUUAUAAGAUUUGGCUCGAGUUAGCAAUUUCCUAAAAGUUUAAUUAGCUUUGAGUUAUGUAUUCAGGAUUCUAUGCUCUGAUGCUUAGUACUAUAAUCAUGUCAUAUAAAUUAUUAGCCUAUAUAAUUUUGUACUUCAACAUUUGAUGGAUAACCAUUGUUUGAACCUAAAGUGAUGAAGUAUCCUCACUUGGAUACUUCUUUUCACCAAUAAGCAUUUACUAGCCAAACUUCAUUGUAAUAAGUGCUUUAUGCCAGGCUGUUUGUUUCAUUUUAAUACAAUGAUUUCGUAGCACUGACACUUUUAUUUAUAGAACUAUGUUUCUCUAAUAAACUUUUCACUAUGCAUAGUAUUUCUGCCCGUACAGACAGGAAGUGAGAUUUCUAGGGUUAGGCCAAGAGGAAACUAACACAUUUAAGAAUUAUUCCGUGCCUCAAGUCAGUUUCUCUAGAAUUUGAUGUAGUACAGGAAAAGGAAUGGAUAACCCAUGCCUCAACAGCCUAGGUGAUUAACUCUUGCAACCACAUCCUACACGCAACACACUAUGGGAGUCAAAUAACUUAUGGCCGGUGGCAGCGGCGGCCUGUCCUCCAGUUGCAACAGCGACUCAGGGGCAGCAGUAGCUUCGAUUAAGAGGGUAACAGAUAUGGCUGGGGUCGGAGGAGAUCGAAACACGGAGGCGCAAUCAUGAAACGCUAAUGAGAGGCGGCGAUGAAAAAAGUUGUUUCAGGCUGAUGGUUCCCUUUUGAUUUUUAGCUACUCUCUUUCCCAUUGGAUGUCGGUUGAAGUGAUGAAGUAUAACAGUUGCAUUCCCUUUGUUUGUUGCAUCAUGCCUAUAAUUUGUCACAGUUACCCAUAUCUAUUUUCUUGGGUACACAAUGACAGAAUGUGCGCGUUAAUAUCAUUUGUACAAUUAAUAUCUAUUUUCCACUACUUUGCAUGUAAAAACCAUUAUAUGUAUGACCUGGAUAACUAUAGACUACUUAUAAGAGUUUACUGAUUUUGUGUUUUACGUCAUCACCUAUAAGGAUGCCCCUGGAUUAUGUUCCUAUCCAUACAAUACUUUCAUUCUCUGCGCUUCAGCUAGCUAAUAUAGUUUUUCCCCUUUUUAUUUAUUAGCCUCAAGGUCAGUAAAGCUUCAGUUUUUGCUUGCUUUCAUUUGUUCUCAUGUCUCACAAAUUUAAAUUGGUCAUUUGAUUGAUAAGGUUUGUGGUGCCUGCUGAUUGUUAGAUUUAACAAUCGUUCUAUACAAAAAAAAUAAUUGUUGCAAAUUACGUGACUUAUGUGGAUAAAUCAUCCUUUUCCUAAUAAUUACCCACCAUGGUAAAACAUCAUGAUGUUUCUAAAAUGCUUCAUGUAAAUAGUUUGUUCUCGGCAUAUUUUUAUCUGUAGAUUAGGCACCUUAUCAAAUUAUAUUGGUUGUGUCCCUCUUAAAUACUAUUUUCUGUCAGGUUAUCUCCAUUGUUACUUCCCAGCUGUCCUCGCUGCACAUGUUGUAUAUUUUUCAUUUAUAAAUUUCCCUAAUUAUUGAUAGAAAGAGCAACCGUUAAUAUAUGUUCUUCUUUAAGUCUAGCAAUACUUUCUGUUCUCCUCUCUAAAAGAAUGUGCUUCUAUGCAGGCCAUCACUUGAUAGUGUUCAUCUCUACAUGUUGAUGUAGUUCAUGGUCUAAAUUUUUACCACUGGGUGGCUUUUCUAUGUCGAUGUAGUUCAUAGUCGUUUUCUAUUUGACAUUUCCAGUUAUUUCAUUUGUCUUAAAAACAGGUUGCGGAGAUGACUCCCUCAGACGCCGACAAAGGUUGUAAAAAUUAGGAUUUAUCUGUGUGCAGAGAGGUCUGUAAAGUCGUCUCCUCAGGUUGAAUCGGAAGAGGUUGGUCAUCUCUUAUGGUCUUGGUUCAUCUGUAGCUGAUAAUCCGAACAAGCCAGCUGAACCAUCUACCAUGGUUUGGACAGAUAAGAGGCGCAGACGGCAUCGCAGAAAGCUCAGGCGGAUGGACAAAGCAAGAAGAAGAAAACAUGGACUAAUCUGAAAAGGAUAUUCGUAGAUUUUUUUUGCAAUAUUUGGAUAUUCUUGGAAGUUUUUGUGAGGAGUAAAUAAGGAAUUAAGUGUGGCAUGUACUUUUGACUGUAGAGUAAAUGGUGAACCUAUGUUCAUGGUAUUGAGGAGAAACAAAGUAUGUUCUCUUUGUGAUUGGUUUGCUGUCUUGAACUUAGUUGGUGAUACAACUUGCAAGUGGAUAUACAUCUUUGUUGUUUGUUUA